UACGUUAGCAACACGAGAAGUGGGGUGGUUUAUCCGCCGCACUUUGAAAUCUCCGUCUCCCGGACCCAUCGAGGCCUCCAACCAAAACACGUCCAAUACUCCCCCAUCAACUACACAUCUCUCCAGAUCGAUCUCUCUCUCCCUCCCUACUCGUCCUCUCACUCUACAAUUCCACAAUGCAUUCUUCACUUUCUCUCUCUAUACCUCACCAUCUAUCUUCCUCUGCCAUUGUCAGAUCAAACCACAACUUCGAACUCUGUUCAUUCACUCCCUCCCAGCCUCUUAACCUCAAUUUCUGUGGUCUCAGAAGAGAAUUUCUAGGGUUUUAUCAGCUCAAGAGGUCCGACUCUCACCAAGUUCAAGUAUCGAGUCGAAGACACUCCAAGAAGCUCUUAGCUUCCUUGUCCGACAAUGGAAGUCCUCCGAAAUCGUUUGAUUACGACCUUGUCAUCAUCGGAGCUGGCGUCGGUGGUCACGGAGCUGCGUUGCAUGCCGUAGAGAAGGGUCUCAAAACGGCUAUAAUUGAGGGAGAUGUGGUGGGGGGAACAUGCGUAAACAGAGGAUGCGUUCCUUCCAAAGCUCUUCUUGCAGUAAGUGGCCGGAUGCGUGAACUUCAGAAUGCUCAUCACUUGAAGGCUUUGGGUUUGCAGGUUUCAGCUGCUGGAUAUGACAGGCAGGGAGUCGCCAAUCAUGCAAACAAUCUUGCUUCGAAAAUUCGUAAUAAUUUAACAAAUUCAAUGAAGGCACUUGGUGUGGACAUAUUGACAGGUUUUGGAACAGUAUUGGGUCCUCAAAAGGUGAAAUAUGGAAAAGUUGGGUUCUCUGACAACGUGAUAACUGCAAAAGAUAUAAUUAUUGCUACUGGUUCUGUUCCUUUUGUCCCUAAAGGCAUUGAAAUUGAUGGGAAGACUGUAAUUACCAGUGAUCAUGCUCUCAAAUUGGAGUUUGUUCCUGAUUGGAUAGCUAUUGUAGGAAGUGGCUAUAUUGGGCUUGAAUUCAGUGAUGUUUAUACAGCACUUGGAAGUGAGGUAACUUUUAUUGAAGCUCUAGACCAGCUUAUGCCUGGAUUUGAUCCUGAGAUUGGAAAGUUAGCCCAAAGAGUUCUAAUAAAUCCACGGAAAAUUGACUAUCAUACUGGAGUUUUCGCAACCAAGAUAACUCCAGCAAAGGAUGGGAAACCAGUCACUAUUGAGCUUAUUGAUGCCAAGACAAAAGAACCAAAAGAUACUUUGGAGGUAGAUGCAGCAUUAAUUGCAACUGGAAGGGCUCCUUUCACAAAAGGUCUUGGCUUGGAGAAUAUCAAUGUUGCAACAGAACGUGGUUUUGUUCCUGUUGAUGAGCGCAUGCAAGUGAUUGAUGCAGAGGGAAAUCUGGUUCCUCACUUAUACUGCAUUGGUGAUGCAAAUGGAAAAAUGAUGCUUGCUCAUGCGGCAAGUGCACAAGGAAUUUCAGUUGUUGAACAAGUUAGCGGAAAAGAUCACGUGCUCAAUCAUUUGAGCAUCCCAGCAGCUUGUUUCACUCAUCCUGAAAUUAGUAUGGUUGGAUUGACUGAGCCUCAAGCUAGGGAGAAAGCUGAGAAGGAAGGAUUUGAGAUAAGUAUUGCGAAAACAAGUUUCAAGGCUAACACAAAAGCUCUUGCAGAAAAUGAAGGGGAGGGACUUGCAAAGUUGAUAUACAGACCUGACAAUGGGGAGAUACUUGGAGUUCAUAUUUUUGGGUUGCACGCUGCAGACCUCAUCCACGAAGCAUCCAAUGCAAUAGCAUUGGGUACACGUAUCCAGGACAUAAAGUUUGCAGUUCAUGCGCACCCAACCUUGUCUGAAGUUCUUGAUGAACUCUUUAAAUCAUCCAAGGUUAAUGCUCAUGUUCCUAGUCCAGUUGGUGAACCAGUAGCAGUGUAAAGCUUGUUGUAUGAUUGAUUGAUAGUAGGGAAAUUCACCUCUCCAAUCAAAUGAGAGAGGAAAUGGACCAUUGAGUGAGAUUGCCACAUUCUCAAUAUCUGAGUUGGACAAUUCUGAAGGAUUGAUGAUGUAUUUGUGACUUUCUUUUUGUAAGUUAUUGUAGUAAAAAUUGCAGUUUUUACUCAUUCAGAAGUUUUUACACAAUUUUUUCACAUUAGAUGCUGUGUUAUUCUUGUUAUAUAAGAGAGUCAUGGGUCAGAGCCAUUUUAGAUGUUCUGAGCUAUGUUUUAUUCUUUCCAUA